UAUAGGACUUUUCUUAUCAACCAUUCCCGUCCAACGACUUUGAAUAUUUAUUAAUAGCAGCUCCAUGACUAAUGUGUGAGGAACCAGUAAGGAAAAAAGGAAGUACAGAAUUCAUGGAUCCCAAUCAUGGUGAAGAAUCAAGUGAGUUGUUACAAGCUCAAGCUCACAUCUACAAACACAUAUUCAACUUUGCGAAUUCCAUGUGCCUUAGUUCUGCUCUUCAACUAGGCAUACCAGACAUCAUUCACAACCAUAAACAACCCAUUACUCUUCCCCAGCUAGUCACAACACUUCAGCUUCCUCCCACAAAAACCAGUCAUGUUCACCGGCUCAUGCGCUUAUUGGUGCACUCUAAUUUCUUCGCUACCACGAAAAUUCAUGUAAAUCAAGAAGAAGAAGAAGAAGAAGGGUAUGUUCUCACCCCAUGUUCUAAGCUCCUCCUCAAAGAUGAACUCAUCACUUUGGCGCCAUUUGUUCAGGCAAUGGUUCAUCCGGGUCUAUUCACUCCAUGGCAGUUCUUGGGAGAUUGGUUUCGGAGCGAUGAGAUCAAUGCAUUCGAAACUGCACAUGGGGUUAAGAUGUGGGAAUUUGGAGAUCAAAACCCCGAAUUCAACAACAUUUUCAAUAAGACUGAUUGUUGGAGACUGCAAGGAUAUAUUUGGAGAGUUGCAUUCAUUGCUCGGAUUGUUUUGGAGGCGUUCCCUCAUAUCAAAUGCACAGUAUUUGACCUCCCACAAGUUGUCGCCAGCUCUCCAGAGAGUGAGAACCUGAAUUAUGUUGGAGGAAAUAUGUUUCAGUCUAUCCCUUCUGCAGAUGCCAUUUUAUUCAAGUGUGUUUUGCAUAAUUGGAGCGACGAGGAUUGUGUGAAAAUACUGAAGAGAUGCAGAGAAGCCAUUCCAAGCAAAGGUGGAGGGAAAGUUAUUAUCAUAGACAUGGUGAUAAAUGGUGAGAAAGAUGAACAUGACAUUGCAGAAACAAAGCUCGUCUUUGAUAUACUGAUGAUGGUUCUGGUUAAUGGGAGAGAGAGAAAUGAGACAGAAUGGGAGAAACACUUCCUGGAAGCUGGUUUUAGUAGCUACAAGAUAACACCCAUCUUUGGUUUAAGGUCAGUUAUUGAGGUUUUUCCUUAGAGAGGCUUAAUUAUGUACCGUGUACCGUGAGAGCCUAAUGAAUAAUGAACCUCUCUUUAUGGCUAUGGAAGUGUCUACUUUACAAUUAUAUAUGCAUUUUAAAGAACUUAUGAUACCAUGAUGGUGUUACCAGUCUACUCAUACAGAUAGGUUAAAAUUAAGGGAACCUGUUAUGACUCAAUACUUCCAUAUCAUGAGAGUAAGUGUGGUGGCAUUUAGUAGGAAUUUGGAUCCUCCCGUGUGCACUGAAUUGACUUGAAAAAGCCUAAUUAUUUUUAGUUGUCUAAUUAAAAAUAUCUAGCUUUUUUUUCGUUUUUUC